AUGUCACCACCAAGCAAACGCCGCCGGAUGGACGGUCAAUUCAGCCCAAACGACGGCCUUUUGCACGAUUUCGAUGUGAACCAAGCUAGAAAGGCGAACGACCUGCGGCUAAAGUCCCGAUUUGAGUCCAUAUUCGAAAAGUACGGGAAGGAUUUCAGCUCGGUUGGCGACGAGAUAGAUUUGGCCAAAGGGACGAUAGUUGUGGACAAUGGACAUCUCACGGAGAUGGGGGAUGAACACGACGUUGGAAGAGGACUUUGGGAUGAUUUUCAUCCAGAAGAUGAGAGUGAAGCGGAGGAAGGGCCUCUAGGCCAGAAUACUGAGCCGACGGCGGACAAUACAGGGGAUCCUGAAACGGUGAAUACGUUUUUCAAAGAAUGGGUGAUUCAAGAUGAUUACGAUGCUACGGCUGGAAAUGAGGAACAACCUGCUACAGUCAAUGUAGACUUUUCAACUAUUUGCCCGGAAAAUCCCCUACCUGUGGAAGGGUUGAAAAGGUCACAAGAACUAGUUAGUACACCAAGUUCUCAGCUUAUUGAAAGCGAGGGCAUUGUAUGCUGCGGAGAUGCCAAAGGCCACGAAGACAAUAAUAUUGCUGGAGAGUCUCUAUGGGACGCACCUCCGCUGCCAACAACUGCCCUAUCAGCCAGCUUAGAGGAUAUGACAAUUACAACGACCCAACUUAUUGAAAGGACGCCUUCUCCAGACCACAAUAGAUCAAUAUGGGCCGCACCUCGCUCAAGACGCAGGCGACUACCCCAUAUAAACAAGCGGAAACACCCAAAGUUAACUGCAGCAUGCAAGUCAAAGUUGGUCUCCAACGAUUCCGAUUCGGAUGACCCCAUUCAAGACCAUACACCUGUAUCCUCUACUUCCAGGCGCCCUGCUACUUUUGAUUCCGUUACCCCUGCCAAGGAUACCAUGGUUCGAAUGCCUACUGAAUUUAAAGACAUAUAUAUUCCACCGCAAAACGACCCAACCGCCACUAUAGCGGAAAAUUAUGCCAAUGGUGUUACUAUUAGUGAACCGGAAACAAUGGCCAAUGUUACCGUAGAUACCCCUGUGGCUACCAAGAAGAAAAACCCCGAGACUCCAACACAUCAACCCAUUAUAAAUCCUGAUAGUGAGCCCGAUCUGGCCGUCGAUACACCUAUUGCAGACCCAGGCCCCGAAUUGAGCUCCGUUAAUGGAAGCCCAAGUGCUGAAAUAACGACUCCAAGAGGCUCCUCUGAAAAUCUCACCCCUCGGGAGGUUAAAACAUUAGUCACUUUACGGUUAGCUAAACGGAAGCCGUGGCGUGAAGUGUCCCUGGCUAUUCCUUCGCGUUCACCAGCUCAACUACGACAGUGGUAUUAUGCUUACUGUAAACACAUCAGUGGCAAUUUAUCUACCUCAUUAACGUGGACGGAUUCAGAUCGAGAGGCGCUUGCAUCUUUCAACCUAGAUACUGAAACUUCAUGGGAUACUGUACAAUCUAAAUUUCCAACGAGGAACUUAGUGGACAUACAGCAUGAAUGGAUCAAGAUUUGCGUAGGAGGAACGAUCUGGCAAAGUUGGGUCGAUUCAAAAACUCCCAGAAAAGCGAAAAAGCGACCAUUUACGCAGGAUUCAUGGCUUCAAACACCAGUUCGGCCUUCUGUCACAGUUCCUUCCCCACUACGGCCUGGAACCGUUUCUAGUAACUCUUCGGUGCAUCUGACAGUGGAAGAUUCUCCACUCGGACCUGCUGAAGGUACAGACAAUCGGGAAGAAAGUCCUGAUCCUCUAUCCGAGGCUUUCGAAAGAGCAUGGCAUAGCUCCGGUUUGUCUAGUGUGCAGAUCAGCACGCCACCAAGAGCUUCUGGUUCGCCAAAGAAGCAUCUCUUAUCAAGUGGUAAGACCCGGAGCGCUGUUGUACAAAGAGGUGGUAUCUAA